AUGGCAACCACGUCAACAUGUGUCAUCCACGAGCGUUCAACCGAUACCUCGCAUCAUAUCACGCUAGACACCAUGUCCCCGAAAGACAGUCAAGCAGACGACGUGGCCUCCACUGAGCCGACUGGGGCAUUUUCUGUCAUGGAGAGGUGGAACAAUCCUCGCAUCAAUGCGUAUCGAACCUUCGCGACUUUCUUUAGUUUUCUGGUGAUGGGAAGUAACGAUGCAGCUUAUGGUGCCUUGAUUCCAUACCUUGAGACAUACUACGGCUUGACGUAUACGGUCGUUUCCCUAGUUUUCCUCUCGCCGUUGGUCGGAUACACCCUCGCUGCGAUCCUCAACCACCGCAUUCACCACUCCUUGGGUCAACGUGGAGUCGCGUUCAUCGGACCUAGUUGUCAUCUUGUUGCCUACGUGAUCAACUGCUUGCAUCCGCCGUAUCCUGUUCUCGUUAUCUCAUUUAUCUUCGCCGGCUUUGGCAAUGGCCUCGCAGAUGCUGCUUGGAACGCGUGGAUCGGCAACAUGGCCAAUGCUAACGAGUUGCUGGGUCUCCUGCACGGUGUGUACGGCUUGGGUGCCGUGUUGGCUCCCUUGAUUGCGACAUCAAUGAUAGCACGGGCCGGCAUGCCGUGGUUCACGUUUUUUUAUGUGAUGGUCGGCUGUGCGUUCAUCGAAUUACUCACAUGUGGCAUUUGCUUCUGGAGAGCAACCGGUGCAGUCUUUCGCGCCGAGACUUCCAAUUCCAUCGAGGAAAAUCAAAAGGGUGGACUUCGUACUGCGCUCUUCAAGAGACCCUCUGCCCGCGUCACCUGGCUGUGCUCUCUCUUCUUGCUGUGUUAUGUUGGAUGCGAGGUAGCGCUCGGCGGCUGGAUUGUAACCUUUAUGAUUCGUGUUCGAAACGGCAGUGCGUUUGCGAGUGGUAUGACGGCAACCGGCUUCUGGCUGGGCAUCACGGUAGGGAGAGUCAUCUUGGGUUUUGUGACCGCCCGAGUCGGGGAGAAGCUGGCCAUCGCGGCUUACAUUGUGCUCUCUAUCGCUUGUGGACUUGUACUUUGGCUUGUUCCGCAAUUCUAUGCUUCCGCCGUAGCGGUCUCGCUUCAGGGAUUUUUUCUGGGACCUCUAUUCCCCGGUGCAGUGGUCAUGGUCACGAAGCUUCUGCCUCGCCAUCUCCACGUCAGCUCCAUCGGGUUCUGUGCAGCCUUUGGUAGCUCUGGCGCCGCAGUUCUGCCUUUUGCCGUCGGUGCGCUGGCCCAGGCCAAGGGUGUACAAGUACUGCAGCCAUUCAUAAUCGCCUUGUCGGCUGCCAUCCUACUGGCAUGGCUGGCGUUGCCGCGGGUAUCCAAGCAGCAAAGAACUGAGUAG